AUUGUCUAUGAUAUUAGUCCUGGGAUAUGAUUUGGGGGAAUUAUUAGUGUUAUAUUUAACAACAUUGGCUGUACUGAUACGGAUGGCUCAAUUGUUUAAAUGUUAUCAAAUCAAAUUGAGGUACGGAGGCUAAUUGACCUGUCAACUUUUUGUGCUUAAAUGUGUUAAAAGAAAGAUUAUAAACAUGAAUGUGUUGAAAAUGCCUGUCGGAGUAGGAUGUUUAGAAGAAUAUGGCAUUGACGGGCCAAGUGUCUUGCGAAAUUCAUUAACUAGUUGCACAGAUCCAUUGAAAGCUAUUGAGGAAUUCCAGUUGAAGAAUGGAAUUUCAUUACCAUCUCUUCGACCAAUGUUACCUCUUUUGGAUCUGCAUGGUGUUAGGAGAUUGGAUUUCCAUCAGUCUGUGCUGGAGAUGCUGCGAGAGAAGCUGGUUCAGCAGAUCACCGAGAUCGGCCAGAAAGAAGGCAAAGACAAGGACCGUAAGCUGCGGGAUCUGCUGGCCAGGAGUUUCCCUGUUGUCAGGAUCAAAGCUCUCCGUCCCGUCGUCAUGUGCAUCCUCCGUAACAUCCCCCAGAUUGAGGACAAGUACCUCAAAGUGCUGGUUCGCGACCGGGAGCUGUACAGCGACACGGACACUGAGGUGAAGAGGCAGAUCUGGAAGGACAACCAGUCGCUGUUUGGAGACGAGGUGUCGCCUCUGCUCAGCCAGUACAUCAAGGAGAAGGAGACGGUGCUGUUCGACCACUUGAACUUGAAUAACCUCUUCUUCAUGCCAUCGCCGAAGGUGCGUCGCCAGGGCGAGGUGGUCCAGAAGCUGGCGCACAUGAUCGGCAGCAGCGUGAAGCUGUACGACAUGGUUCUGCAGUUCCUGCGCACCCUGUUCCUGCGCACGCGCAACAUCCACUACUGCACGCUGCGCGCGGAGCUGCUCAUGGCACUGCACGACCUGGAGGUGCAGGACAUCAUUUCAGUGGACCCUUGUCACAAGUUUACAUGGUGCCUCGAUGCUUGUAUAAGAGAGAAGAAUGUUGACAUCAAGAGAUCAAGGGAACUGCAGGGUUUCCUGGACAGCAUCAAGCGAGGCCACGAGCAGGUCCUGGGAGACCUCUCCAUGACGCUGUGCGACCCGUAUGCCGUCAACUUCCUCGCCUCGUCCGCCACCAAGAUCCUGCAGCAUCUCAUCAACGUCGAGUCCCUGCCCAGGGAGAACACCGUGUUGAUCCUGCUGCUGCGGAUGCUUGCGCUGGGCCUGAGCGCGUGGGUCAUGAUAGACUCGCAGGAGUUCAAAGAGCCCAAGCUGGACAGCCAAAUCGUGACAAAGUUCUUGCCUGCUCUCAUGUCCCUCAUGGUGGACGACCAAGUGCGUGCACUCAACAGCAAGUUGCCACCCGACGAACGAGAGAGUGCAAUCACGAUUAUCGAGCAUUCAGGGCCGCCGCCAGACGCAUGCCAAGCGUACGUGCAAGAGAGCAGCGUGGCUAGUAUCCUGGCCAUGUACUACACUUUACACACAGCCCGCUCCAAGGACAGAGUGGGUCUCAUGAGAGUGCUGGGCACACUAGCCAACUGCCACAGCGACAUAGCUUUCGACGAUCCGUUCCUUCACUCCCUGGUUUCACUUUUAAUCCAUUCUUCGGAUGAGUUUUCUGCCGAAGACUUUUGCACGAUAGUGUUCGACGAAUUCUUCUCAGCUGGUCUGGGACGGGACAACGUUCCCAAACAUCUCCUGAAGUUGCUGUGGUAUAUUUACCCUAAGCUACCUCAUAGCAGGUUGCACAUGCUUAUGAAGGCUCUGCAGCCAACAGCCAUGCACAAUGAGUCGGUGCACAUGUUGUACAACUCUCUGGUGGAAAGAAUCGGCAGUCAGCAGGAUCCGCCACAGAUCCCAUCGAGCAUUGACCCUUAUGACUCUCCUCUGAUGAGCGUGCCAACGCCGGGACCCCUCUGAACGACACGACAAAGAACAAGCAGUGUUCUCUAAUCACUUGACUCGCACUUGGUUGAGCAUGUCCAAGCUUUGGAUUUCGAUUUGGGUGCAGUGGUAGUUGCCGACAAGUUUUACAUGAUUCGCCUUAGCUUGUAAGAUGAGAGACUUAAACAUUGAAAGCAAUGACUUAUGAGGAGGCUAACACGGAACACAUUUUAUCUCCUGUAAUAUUUAUGUAUAAAAAAAUUUUUUUUGUAUUCCAACAUAGGCUUUUUAAAUCAUGACUAUGAAUCUUACAAGAAGAUAACUAUGCAAUUAUUAUAAAAAUGAUUCAUGAAUACAAAAUUCUUUAACUAUUUCCAUAUUAAAAUAUAUUUAUUAGUUAGUAAUUUUAGAGAAUAACAAGCACCCCGUCAAAUGCUCAAUUAUAUUAUGAUGCUUGAUUCAUUAUAAAUGUCUGACCCUUUAUAGUAGAGGUUAAAUAAAUCUAGGUAUUUUGUUCAAUGGUGGCAACUUCAAAAAUACUAUUUAUAUAAAAAAACUUGCUUGUAGUUGGUAUCUCCUCAUGGUAUCUUUCUUAGCUACUAAGUAUUCUGCAGAAUAAAUUUGGCAAAGCAAAACAAAAAUACAUAGUAUUAAUAGGGUAUUGCAAUUUUUGGAAUCACAAAACCAAAACUACAGAAAGCAUGAAAAAUUAUGAAAUCUGAUUUUCCUGCGAAAAUUGCCUUCUUUUGACAAAUUCACGAAGAAGGAAAAAAACCAGUGAAAAACAAAAAUUAAUGUUAACUCUUAAUGAACAAAACAGAGACUACUUGUAUCAUCUUGCUAUGAAAAUAAUAUGGAAUUAAACAAGUCUUAAAUAUGUAACAGUCAUACUUACAGUAUUGAACUUUCGUAUGAUGUUAAGAAUCCAAACAGCAUUUUUUACCUGUAGAUUCUUUAGUGAAAUGUUGUCAAUUGAUAAAUUUUUUCUAAUCCCAUAUAACUGUAUGGGAAAUAUAAAGCAGUUGAAAAAAAAUAAAUGGAACCAUUCAUAGACAUAUUUGUGGUGAUAUUUUAUUGAUAAAGUCACAUGCCAAUUCUUCUUUGUUCAUGCUGCAAAUUAGACCAUACCUUUCUUUUGACAGAUGUGCCCUUCUGGAUAUGGGAAGAGAACCACACGUGAACAGUUCCGAAGCUCUUCAAAGUUUGCCAUUUGCUCAGGAAAAAACACUAUAUUGCAAGGAUUUAUAUUUUUACAGUCAUAGAGUAUUUUUAAUAAUGCUAAUCUAACCUAAUAAACCUUUGAUUUCAGUUUCGAUAAGCUAACCUACCCUCCCAGGGAAAAAAAUAAGGAACUUAUUUAUUACACUGACUGUACCGGACCUAACCUUUUACUUCAUUUAACUUGGGAACCGUUCGGGUUGUGAUUAUGGGUUUUAUCCCUGUCAACUGUAGGUUUUACAUCCGAUACAGCUCAAGAAGGCAAUAUCACCAACACACUCAAAUGGUGUCAUUGCGAAGUUGUUGAGUAUUUACAAUGAAUGCUACACAUUCUUUGUCUUUAUAAUUUGGAUGCAUUGUUCCGCACACGUGAAUGUACAUCGUGGUAUGGACUAUUUUUGUUAGUUCAACUUUCCUAAAUUUCUAACAUAAGACGGAGCUUGGAGGCCUGAAGCAGCAGUUGGGUUUUUAAGUGUUACAAAACUGACAGAUGAGGUGGUGGGUGACACGAAGGGUUGGUCCAAACAGCUUCCAGACUCUGUAACAGGGUGGUUAAAAAUAUAUAAUGGCCAAGUGAAGAAGUGUGCCAGAGCACUGCGGUUGUUCUUUUUUUUUAUAACUUUAGAAUAUAACAAACUAUUAAUUAAACUAAAUUUAAGCACGGAUAAUUGAAUACUGGGUAAUCUGGGCCCGGAUAAUUGAGCGUUUAUUAUUGCAAGUACCCUUGUUAGUCAGCGUCUGUACUGGGUACCAAGAGGUUGUGUGUCGGGCUGUAAUCGCUAAAAAUAUAUUAAUGUGAGUAAUAAUAUAUAUUUCGUGGCUGUGGUCUGGGCGCUACUGUGUAUAAUUAACCUUUUUCUUCAUCAUUUCAAAUUUUUAACUAGAAUUUUUUGACAUGAGUCAUCGGUAUUACCCCACAAGGAUCGAAUGAACUUUGUCUUUGAUCCAAGUGCUGAGUCUGUUGGUUUGUACGAUGAGUUCGUAUGUAAACACAUGAUUUACUUCCUAAUUAUAUUUUAAUUUUCAUCAUUUGUACCAGCGAACAUUCAACUUUUUGAGUCAGUAAAGAGGUUAUGUGCGAUUUGCUUGUAAAUUCUACGUGUAUUUGUUCUUGUGGUUUGAAAGUGGUGGCCAUGACGACUUGUGAAUAUUUGUUAGAUGUUAAUAAAAACAGUACAAAUCA